GCAAGACAUAGGCAAGCUAUUAAUCAUUAGGUUGUCAUAACGUUCACAUUUUAACUGCGUAAAAUAACCUUAUAAGUACAAUUAUCGGAUAACCAAGGAGGAAAUCAUAAUGGGUGAGAGAAUAAGUGAAAGACUUGCUGGAAUGGAUAUUUCUGACCAAGUCGAAAAUACGGCCUGGGAAAAGGUGCUCAUGAAUCCUUUGAUUUUAGAGAACAUAUUCUCACAUCUGGAUUUUACCACCUUGAAGAAUUCUGUCCGACCCGUUUGCACAGAUUGGGCCAAUGUAGGCGCCACCUUUCUCGGAUGGAAGAGUCACGUGACAUUCUGUCGCUUUAAGCGCGUUACUUAUUUUAACCCCAAACUGGCAAGGACGAUUUCCUUAUGUUUGGAUUUUAAGUGUGAAUGCCUGCGCAAGUGUAGAUGUAGAUUCAGAAACGAUUUGAAGCCAUCUGCUAUGCCAGAAAUUUCAACAUUUUUGACUGAACUGUACCUCUGGACAGAAAAUAUUUACGGGCUUGGGCAGGAAGAGUUCGGGGAGACGCCCAACUUCUUGAACCGAUUGUCUUUCCUCGUUGAGAGCUGGGGGGACGAGAUUACCCCCAAAUUUCUACCCCUGCUUAAUCUUAGGGUUCUGAGCAUUGUCCAGUCUGAUGAACGCGGCAAGGAUCAUCCAAUAGGCCACUUGAAGACUAUUUUACAGGGCCUGCUUAAAUCUGCCCAUCAACUCGAAGAGCUCAGCAUAUUUACGAAUGAGAAAUUAUUAUUGGCCCCGGAUUUGGAAUUAUCUAGUAACAAGUUGAAGAUUUUGAAGUUUGGCGCUUUGGUAGAUUCUAACGAAUUCUCUAGUCUUUCAAGUUCAUCAAUUUCUGGAAUGUUUGACAAAUUUGCAAAGUCGUUGGAAAAACUGGAAAUUGGGGUUUGCGUUUUGAAGGGUUUUGAAUGUACUCAGAUUUUGAACUUUUCCGCCCCGAACCUGACCGAUCUAACGAUCCACUAUUCUCAUUUGUACGAUAUUGAGGACUUUCUUAAUGUUACAUACUUACCGAAACUUACCCACUUAUCGAUUCGCGGUGAGCGCAUUUUUCAAAUAUUUAAAACUCGUCAGCCUCCCCACGCUGGGAUUACCUCGCUCGAGCUGGAUGCUUGCACCUAUUGUGACCAGCGGGAUGUACAAGCUGCCUCCAAAAUUGUGCACCUCUUCCCAUCCGUGACCGAAUUUACCCUGAAACUGAGGGUGCAAACAGAACCACACGCAGAGUUGGAAAUUACGCGUUUACGGGAAACGAUGAGUUGCUUCGGGGCAUGGGGGUUAUCAAGGGGCGAAGUCCAAGUUGAGGGCAUGUGUUCCGGUAUCAUGACGAUCGUGCUAGAAGGUCUGAUGGAAUGGCGUGGCUUAAAAAACACGGCAGUUCGGCUCAUUGAACCUUCGGAAUUCGAUAAUUUUGAAUUUUCGGACCGUCUAAGAGAUGCACUCGUGGCAUGCAGGACGAUUCGUCAUAUUGAAAUGUCAGGGUUCUCAAUGAAUGAAAAGACUCGGAACAGUUUAAAGGAAUUAAUUGAACGAUGGAACUUGCCAGUUUCUAUAUAGCUUUCGAUCCAUAUCGUAGGGUACCUAUCGAGCUCAGGACCAAGCCACUAAACUCCUAGUGCGGUAAAUUCAUAAUGUGGUGAAACCUUGGAUGACGAGUCCUUAUUUUAUAAGAAUGUGGAUAUGCAUUCGAGUAUAAUGCGAGUUCCACAAUUAUAAAAUAAAUCAAUUUUAAUUAAUUUGAUCAUGCCAUUAAUAAAUGAAUAUAAAAUUUAAAAGUGUA